CUAGCCCGGAAAGGGCUGCUCCGCACCCUGCGCCUCCGCCAGAGAUUCCCGGGCCUCGUCCUCAGUCCUCUGGCUACCGAGCACAUCUCCCCGGCUGACAGGCACGUCGUUGCCCAGAGCGGAAUCGCAGUCAUAGAUUGCUCAUGGGCCAAAUUAGAAGAAACUCCCUUUAAGAGAAUGAGAGGAAAUCACCUACGGCUGCUGCCUUACUUGGUGGCUGCAAAUCCUGUGAACUAUGGUCGGCCGUGCAAACUGUCCUGUGUGGAAGCUUUUGCUGCAGCCUUUUGCAUUGUCGGAUUCCCAGACCUAGCCACCAUUCUUCUAAGGAAAUUUAAGUGGGGUCAGGCAUUUAUUGACUUGAACAAAAAUCUCUUGGAAAGAUAUGCAGCCUGUCACUGCCAGGAAGAAGUGCUCAGAGUUGAAAAGGAGUUUUUAGCCAGUGGCCAAGAAACAAAAGAGGAAGAAGUAGAUCCAUUUGAUGUUGACUCAGGGAAAGAAUUCUCUAAUCCCAACAGACCACUCAUUUCCUCAGGAGUAGCACAAAGUAAUGAAGAAUCUGAGGAGGACAGUGCGAGCACUCCGGAUGAUGCCACUGAAAGCAGUGAUGAGAGCAGCCCAGAAGAUCAUGGUACUGCAGUGGCUGCAAUAACUACAAAUAAACCAACUGCUUGA